AUGGAGCCACAGUGGGUCUUCAUGGUUCGUUCUUUGUUUGCUUGAUAGCAAACAAAGAAAUCGUCGAGCAUGAGGAGGAAAACGAGAAGUUCUGCUUUGCUUUACCCCUGAUUCCUUGAGACACUCCUUGAUCUUGCAACAUCUCUUCUCAGACCUAGCCCAGUUGCAACCUUCACUUAGUCUUUAUUUGAUACCGAGCUCAAUCCACAAUGGGGAAAUCCAAGACCUUACGUACGCUCCUCCCUGCGGAAGAUAAGCGCAUAAUGCAGUUUUCAGAAGCAGGCUCGGGUAAAGAGAUGCGACGCAACAUUUCGCUUGCUUGCACAGAGUGUCAGCGAAAGAAGACUAAGUGUUCUGGAACAACGCCGUGUACAAGAUGUGCAACCAGUGCACAACAGUGUCUAUAUGAUGAGACCAGUGACCGUAGGCGCAAGGAGUACACAGCCGGGCUGUUGAAAUUUCACACUGCUCUUCGUCAACUGGCUGCUACCCUGCGCUCUGCAGCUCCCGAGGAGCUAUCGUGGUUGGUCUGGCAGGUUCAAAGCUUGCCAACGGAUCAAGAUGCAGUCGAUUACCUUAUUCAGAUGUUGGGUUAAUACACGUGCAUGGACUACCAUAACAACCAUGGGAGUCAGCAAUACUGUCUGUUGACAUGCGCAUUGUGCCUUGCUGAACAGAUGGAAUGAUUUUACAUAG